AUGACUACAGGCUCCGUGUCAACAGGCCUUGAAAAGAAGGAUGUAACAGGGUUCCAGGAUGAUAAUGAGAUUCUACGGCAGCAAAUUCAGAUGCCGGAAAUCAAAGUCUCAUACAGAGCCCUAUUUCGAUAUUCAAGUUCCUUUGACCGCCUGAUCCUCUCUAUUAGCAUUAUCUGCGCUCUUGCUGCUGGAGCCGCUCUGCCUCUAAUGACCGUUGUUUUUGGCCAACUGGCAGGCACAUUCCAGGCUUAUUUCGCAGGCGCAGUGGACGAUUCACACUUCUCUGCCCAGUUACAUCACCGGACAUUGUACUUCAUAUACCUUGCUGUUGGAGAAUUCCUAACAGUAUACGUUUCCACGGUCGGUUUCAUACACAACGGGGAGCGCAACGUCCAGCAACUUCGGGAACAUUACCUUUCCAGCGUCCUGACACAAAACAUUGGACUCUUCGAUAAACUGGGAGCUGGGGAGGUCACAAGUCGAAUAACCUCUGACAUGAACCUGAUACAGGACGGGAUCUCCCAGAAGCUUGGACUAACCCUUACUGGUGUCUCUACGUUUUUCACGGCGCUGAUAAUUGCAUUUGUCAAAUCCUGGAAGCUCACUCUUAUUCUCAUUUCAGGCAUAUUCGCAAUGUUCUUAUCCAUAGCGGUUGUGGCCAAAUUCAUUGCCCGGUACAACAAGCUCUCGUUGGAAUCUCAAGGACUUGCUGCUACAUUUGCUGAGGAGAUUCUUAGUUCGAUCAAGAUUGUUGUCGCCUUCGACACAAAUGGCCGCUUGGCGAAGAAAUUUGACGAGAGUUUGGCCAUUGUGUCAAACUGGGGGUUUAAGUCAAGGACAGCUUCGUCCUGCCUGAUCGGAGCCAUGCUCUGUAUUGUAUACUUACAAUAUGGGCUAUGCUUCUGGCAAGGCUCGCGAUUUGUUUCUUCAGGGGAUGCUACACUUUCCGAUGUUCUCACAAUUCUACUUGCGGUUAUGAUGGCUGGCUCUUCCCUGGGCAGUAUUGCGCCGUAUAUAGGAGCUUUAUCUAGUGCAACCGCUGCCGGUGGGAGGAUAUUCAGCAUGAUUGAUCGAAAAUUACCAGCUGAUCCAAUUUCUGAUGAUGGGGACAUCUUCGAGCAUGUUGAGGGCAACAUAGAGUUUAGGAACGUGAGACUGAUCUAUCCAACAAGGCCCGAAGUCGAUGUCUUGCGAAAUUUUAGCCUGACAAUUCCUGCCGGAAAAACAACUGCCAUCGUUGGCAUCUCUGGAUCCGGAAAGUCCUCGAUUAUAGGACUCAUCGAGAGAUUCUACGAUCCGAUAGAAGGGCAGGUGCUUCUUGACGGCCAUGAUCUUCGAACGCUCAAUUUAAGAUGGCUGCGGCAGCAGCUAGCUCUAGUCAGUCAAGAGCCUGUUUUGUUCCAGGGUAGCGCCUACCAGAAUAUUGAGUACGGUCUCAUCGGGACAGAGUUCGAGCAUGCGGAUCGGGAGAUAAAGAGUGCACUUGUGGUCCAAGCGGCGAAGGAGGCUAACGCACACAACUUCUUGAUCGGUCUUCCGGAUGGCUACAAUACCAAUGUUGGUGAGAGAGGUUUCCUUCUUUCCGGUGGUCAGAAACAACGUAUUGCCAUUGCUCGGGCCCUUAUACGCGACCCGAAAAUUCUACUUCUCGACGAGGCGACUUCUUCACUAGACACCCAAUCUGAGAGCAUUGUACAGCAAGCAAUCAAUAAAGCAGCUAUAGUCGAAGGGCGAACAACCAUCGUUAUCGCACACCGACUUUCAACAAUCAAAGACGCAGACGACAUCGUCGUACUAUCCGAGGGAAAGAUUGUCGAACAAGGCACCCACGCUCAACUUCUUGCUCUUGGAGGAACAUAUAAAACUCUUGUUGAGGCUCAACGAAUCUCGGAAUCCAAUAUUGAAGAAUUGGACCAGUCAAUUGAUGAGAUAAAUGAAAAAGAAAAGGAAGCCACAUGGCUCAAGCAACAUGAACCAAAUAGGUACGAGCCCGAAUCAGGCCUAGAAGCCCCUGUGGAGUCCAUUGCGGAUCGCAUUCAUGGAUAUUCCACAGCUACUUUGAUUAAUUUCAUAUGGUCUUUCCAAAAACAAGACUUGAUCAUCUUGACAAUCGGCUUAUUGAGCUCCAUUGUUUGCGGUGGGGGAAUGCCCACACAAGCUGUGUUCCUGGGAAAAUCCGUUGCGACGCUUUCCUCACCUCCUGGCGACCGACAGGGCCGUGGUAUCAAUUUCUGGUCUCUCAUGUAUCUCAUGUUGGCAAUUGUUGAGCUUUUCGCCUUUAUCGUGCAAGGUGUUGCCUUUGCUUAUGCAUCUGAGCGUCUAAUAUUCCGCGAGAUUGCCUACUUUGAGCAAGAGAACAACUCAGCCGGCGCUAUGACUUCGCUUCUCAUUUCUGACGCCAACCGCCUUGCUGGUAUCAGUGGAGCAACACUAGGAGCAAUUCUGGUUCUAAUCACCACUUUGAUAGCUGCAAUAUCUAUUUCAACCGCCAUCGGCUGGAAGCUUGGUCUGACCUGUGCCGCCACAAUUCCUGUACUUAUAUUUUGUGGUUUCGCUCGCUUUUGGUUGCUUGCUCGAUUCGAGGUGAGGGCACGGAAAGCCUACAAUCAGUCUGCGAACUUUGCUUGUGAGGCCAUAUCGGGGAUCAGGACCAUUGCCAGCCUGACCCGCGAAUGUGACGUGUGUCAUCAUUACCACGACCUGCUUACAUCUCAAGUGUCGCAUAAUCUUGCGUCGACACUCAGAUCAUCAGUUCUCUAUGCCGCUUCUCAGUCACUCACCUUUCUCUGCAUGGCUCUGGGGUUCUGGUAUGGCGGGACCCUGAUCUCAUCGGGACAGUAUUCAAUGCUUCAAUUCUUCAUCUGCUUUACUGCGGUGAUCUUUGGCGCACAAUCUGCGGGUGGCAUUUUCUCUUACUCUCCUGAUAUGGGCAGAGCAAAGCAAGCCGCACAAUCAUUCAAGGAAUUGUUUAGCCGAGAACCGCGAAUUGCUUCUGAUGCUGCUCCCAUCACCCAUACCGCUGAAGUGGAGGGGAUGCUAGAAUUCAGAAACAUUAACUUUAGUUAUCCAAGCCGACCCGGACAUCCAGUUCUGAAGAACCUCAGUCUCAGCGUAAACGCUAACCAAUACGUUGCUCUCGUUGGACCAAGUGGUUGUGGAAAGACCACAUGCAUCGGGCUUAUAGAACGCUUCUACGAGCCUGACUCAGGUGCUAUUCUUUUGGAUGGAAAAGAUAUUUCAAAGCUGAAUAUUCAGGAUUACCGCAAAUAUCUUGCUAUAGUGAGCCAGGAUCCCUUUUUGUACGGGGGAACUAUCAAGGACAACUUGCUCCUUGGGGCUGUGGACGACACAUCGAUCUCUAUGGAGAAGAUGGUGCAAGCUUGCAAGGAUGCCAAUAUUUAUGAUUUUAUCACAUCUCUUCCUGAGGGUUUUGAUACCGUGAUCGGUUCUAAGGGGACGACCCUCUCCGGAGGCCAGAAACAAAGACUUGCAAUCGCCAGGGCUCUAAUCCGCGAGCCAAAGAUUCUUCUCCUCGACGAGGCGACCUCCGCCCUCGACUCUGAGUCCGAAGCCGCCGUCCAGACCGCUCUUGAUGCCGCCCGCCAUGGCCGGACCACUAUUGCCGUCGCGCAUCGUCUAAGUACCAUCCAGAACGCGGACGUGAUCUAUGUUCUCAGUGCUGGGGAGAUUGUGGAGAGCGGAUCCCACUCAGACCUGAUGGCUAAGGGGGGACAAUAUGCUCAGAUGGUCAGGAUGCAGAGUCUAGAGAAAAUUGGCUGA